CACUGUUGUAACUAACCGGUGCUGUUCUGUCAUGAGCUCUUCUGCGAAUUCACAGCACUCGGAGAGAACUCCUCUGCUUGCCGAGCAGCAACAGGCACAAGCGCCGCCCAAGAAAUCCUCUGCAUCCUGGAAGAUUUACAUUGUCAUUUCCGGCAUCUUUGCAUUCCUCGCGAUUUUCUCUUACUGCGUUCGGUCCAGUCUCCCCGAAGCUCUGACCGACGAGCAAGCUGCUGCUAUUAAUGGUUUUGCUGGUCAGCACGCAUUUGAUGAAUACCUCUCCGGUCAAAUUGAACCUCGACCCGGCAGUAGCAAGGCAAACCGAAACUAUCGCCAAUGGUUGUUGCGUACAGUGAGAGACUUGAGCAACAACCACACCGCCAGUGUUGAAAUCGAUGAGGAUGGUGUUCCAUUUGUUGACAAGGAUGGUAUUCUGGCUGUAGACAAAGAGCGUAGUACGAAUUAUUGGAUGGUCGAAUCCAACAGUGUUUUGGUGAAAGUCAUCGGUACUCGUGGCGAAGAAGACGCCUACCUCCUCAGCGCUCAUUAUGAUAGUGUUCCGGCUAGCCAUGGUGUAACAGAUGAUGGAAUUGGUAUCGCUGUUAUGCUAGAGAUCUACCGCAACAUUCUUCAAAACCCUGUCGAACACACUGUCAUUUUCAACUUCAACAACUAUGAAGAAAUGGGACUGUGGGGAUCAAGGGGAUUUCUUCAUCACCCAUGGGCUAAGAAUGUCCGCGGAUUCUUGAACUUGGAGGGUGCUGGUGCCGGAGGCAGAGCGCUCAUGUUCAGAGCAAGUAGUCCCGAUAUUAUGGCCCAGACCAUGGGUUCCCGUAUUCUUCAGCAUGCUAAUGUCCUUGGAAACGAUUUGUUUGAACUUGGGCUUAUCAAAAGUGCUACCGAUUAUACAGUUUAUCUUGAAGGCGGUAUUCCUGGAAUUGAUCUCGCCUUCUAUGCUAAGAGAUCGCACUAUCACACUACAAGAGAUACUCUUGAAUACACUAACCCACGUUCACUUCAGCAUAUGGGUGACUUGGCUUUAGCUGCUACCCGUGGUGCAGCCAAUUCUGCAGGUAUCAUCACCCACGAACAACCUGAAGCCAAACCUUUUGUCUACUACGAUAUCCUCGGGCAGUUCGGUUUGACCUAUAGCUUAUUGACAAGCCAAAUCCUCAACAGCCUGGUCCUUUUGGCUCUACCCACCUAUUUGGCCUACUCCGCUUUCCAAAGUCAUCAAUCUAGCCCCAAUACCAACAAAGCCUGCGGCUCCACUAUCAAGAGAUCCAUUAUCGGUUUUAUCAUGGUGACCAUCACUUUUGUGGUUGUAUUGGUAUUCUCACUUUUGGUUGGCUUUUUGCUCACCAAGACAAAUUCUGUGGUCCUUUAUGGUCAUAUCGGGCUCGGUGCUGCCACUAUUGUAGCUGCUGCCUCCUUUGCUUUGGUCGCCACCCAAUGGUUUUUCGCCGCCUUGGAUAACAAGUUUAACAUGUACCGCUCUGCGCUCGACCUCGAAACCACAACUGCCUAUGGAUUGUUGUCAUUGACUUGGAUCAUGCUCGUCGGUGCCACCUUUGCAGCCAUCAAAGGCAUUGGUAGCUUGUACUUUGUUUUCUGGAUGUAUCUUGGUUCUGUUAUUGCUGUUUCAUUGCAACAAAAGUCGUCUACUGGAAAGGUUCACAGCUGGGCUGCUGCUCUUUUUGCGCAAGUCUGCAUUUUCUAUCCCCUUAUUUUCGAUCUCGUUUUCAUGGCUUUCGAUUCUAUGCGACAUACUUUGGCUGAUGGCACCCCUGAAAUUGCUGUCUAUGGACUUUUAUCUGUGUUCACUACACUACUCAUGAUUUGCUUGGUUCCUUGGGUUCAUAAGGCGGGAUACCUUAUGCGUGCCACCACUUUCUCUGGUCUUCUCCUCGUAUUCCUGAUAGUGAUUACCAGCAGUCUUUUCCCCUUCAACUCUACCGAUUCGCCCAACAAGCUCAUCUUCAAGCAAGAAGUCAACUACACCACUGGUGCCUCAACUCUCAGCCUCGCGUCUUAUUCUCAUGUACACGAAGCUGUUCGAGCUAUCACCACUGAUGAGGAAUGGGCCACUCGCAACACCACCAUUGUUCGCAAGACGCAAACGGAAGUGACCGUCGCCACCAAGCGCCUUCCUUUGUAUUUUGCAGAUCAGAAGUCUACCCAAAAGGAGAUGCAAUUUUCUUUCAAGCGCGUGGCCACCUCCAAAGCCAACGUCCAACGUGUCCAUGCUACUAUCCAAACCCAAAACACAGCUAUCUGCUCUAUCAUUGUCAAUGAUCACCCUAUCACCUAUGCUAAGCUAGAUAAAAUGGAAUUGACGGUUCCCGCUCAGCAGCUGACCAUCUUGAGACAAAAGAUUGGUGAAAAGUAUUCAGUCGAGUUUGAGUAUGAAGCUGACCAGCCGACGACUGGUGUUCUCUCUUGCUACUACGAUGAAUGGAUCGACGGAAGAAACCCUGCCUUCGUUCAUACCAAGAAUUCCAUUCCUGACUGGUCUCUACUUGCCCUUCGUGGUUUUGGUGUUGCUACUGUCAAUGCCAACGUUCAAUUAUAAUUUUGCUUUCAUUAGUAUCUAGGCUUUUGUUUGGCGGAUAGUAAUAAAAAUUGUAGAUUAGGAGCAUGGAUAAGAUAUAACGAUGUGUCAAGAAAUCUGACA